AUGGCGGACGCGCAGACGUAUCGCCUCAGAAGUUCUCAGAAGAGAACAGGUGUUGUCACAAAUCGGCUCUACAGAAAAAUCUGGAGUGUGUGUCUCUCUUCAGACUGCUACGUGGCUGAUGAACUGAUUGUGUCUCGAGCGGGUCGUAGAGUGCGUGUGGGAAACACUGAUGUUGAAGGCCGGACGGUCAAUGUGGACCUUCUCUGUGAGAUGAAGGAGAAGGCGGUGAAAGAAGCGUCUCCACAUCUGUUCACCAUUGCCACCCUGACUGGUCACGCCAUCAGAGCCAUGGGACCAAACUACUCUAUUAUAAUGGAUAAUGGAGCUGCUCACCGCUCAGGCAAUGCCUUACAGUGGCAGAAAGCGGGCGAGGUUCUGGGCGAUUUGUUUGAAGUGUCCACCAUCCGUCGGGAGGAUUAUGAUUUCCACAAAGGAAAGUCAGAGUAUGAGGACAUUCUUCAGUCCAAUAAUCUGCCCUCCUCUGCCACGCCAAGGGGACACCAGGCCCCCGCAGCCUUCCUCAUCAUGGCCUCUGGACUGGACAAGCAUGGAGUCGACUCUGACAGACCCCUGCCCUACUCCCACAUUGACAUCGCUGGAUCCAGUGGGCCCUUCCCAGGAGUCCCCACUGGGGCCCCUCUGCUUGCCAUGGCAACCAAAUACAUCCUUCAGCACUGAGAUGCCACCUGUCCAUUAUUCUGACCAUUUAUCCACACAUCCCUCCAUUUUGGCCUAGUGCAUUUGUCCAGUUCAGUGAUCUGAAGUCCAGCCUCAUUCAGUACGUCUUGCUUUAACAGAAGCUUCUCAGGUCCUUGAUCAAUCAGUUGUUCCUGUAAAACUAGGUUGAUAUCUUUCACUGUUCACUCUCUGCCCAUGAAAAGCAUCUCCAUCUAUUGCUUUCUCUUCUCUGUAUUUCCAUGCUUUUACUCCAUCCAUCAAGAGUCACGUCCCUUCAGACUCUACUCGGUGCCGUCCUCAAUCUUCAGCCGAAUCCAGCCUGAUCACUUCCCUCACAGCCUUUCUGUACAUUUAAAUACCGAUACAUUCAGCCUUACCCUCAUAAGGUCUUAAGGAAGGGUGUAUGGGAUGGGUCAGUGUUGGAUUG